CGAAAGGACGAUAUCCGAGGAUACGUGCUAGGACAUAACAUCGUGAGGGAUCAGUGUCUUUGUCCUGACUGCUAUCUUCUCCAAUUGACUCUCAUUCCCGCGAUCUGGGCUUUUCUGCACACACCUCCAGCGAGAUGCUCAACCUCAUAUCCUCAUCCGUCUUGCUCUUCGCCUUCCCGCUCUUCCUAGUCGUCUACGUCUUCUACAAGUACUUCACGAACCCUCUGCGCAAGAUCCGUGCAGCGCACGCUUUGGCUCCCUUCACAUCGCUGUGGAUCCACUCUAUUCGGUGGCGCUCCGUCGAAAAUGCAACCCUCAGAGGAGCGCAUGAAAGGUUAGGGCCCGUGAUCUGCCUUGGUCCGAACGAAGUGAGCGUCAAUUGCGUCAAAGGAGGGAUAAGAGAUGUGUACGCAGGGGGGUUUGAGAAGGGCGGAGAUGGAGCAGGGCAUAAUUGGUACAGGUUCUUCGCGAACUAUGGAGGCGUCGAUAAUAUGUUCUCAACCGGAGGCAAUAAGAGACAUUCGACGCGGAAACGGAUGCUGAGCAACAUCUACAGCAAGUCGGUCGUCACUGCGUCGCCCGCACUACUUGCGCAAACGGCGUCAAUCCUCUACGACCGCUUUCUACCUUACCUUGCAUCUACCUUUUCUCAAAGCCAGCCUGGCGUUCUCAAUAUCUAUGCUCUUCUCAGUGCGACGACUAUGGACAUCGUAACCGGGUACAUCUUCGGUCUGCAGUCGAGUUCGAACUUGAUCGACAAUCCGAAGCAGCUGGCCUGGUACCUGGACCUUUACAAUUCGCGCCGGUCAUACAACUUCUGGCCGCAAGAGCUGCCAGGCUUGACAUCAUUUCUCGAGAAGUUGGGCUAUAGGCUAGUCCCGAAGUGGGUGGACGAAGCGAAUAGGGAGAUCGAGAAAUGGACGAAGGGCAUGUGCGAAAGAGCUGCUGGUGCACUCCGACAAGGAGAGAUAGGGGUCAAGGAGACGCCGGUUGUGUACCAGCAGCUCGCAGUGGCACUGUCGAAAGAAGCGAAGAAAGCUGGCGGUGAGAAGACGGAUCUAAGCUUACCGAUUGCGAGUGAAGUCCUAGAUCACCUCGCCGCAGGCUUUGACACAUCGGGGAUAACACUUACUUACGUUAUCCAUGAACUCUGCCUUCAUCCGGAGAUUCAAGCUGAUCUUCAGCGAGAGAUUCGCAGCCUCUCUCCACCCAUUGUACCCUCUUCUGUCCCCACUCUUCCCGCUCCCAAAACGGUAGACGCGCUUCCACUGCUUCACGCCGUGAUAUGGGAAACCCUCCGUCUACACUCCGCAAUCCCUGGCCCACAGCCCCGUGUUACUCCUCCACAAGGCUGCUGUCUCGGCCCUGACGAGCAUCCCUACUAUGUACCAGGCGGUGUGAGGGUGAGCGCCAGCGCGGGGCUACUGCAUCUGAACGAGGAGGUGUAUGAGAGGGCCACCGAGUGGAGACCGGAGCGGUGGCUAGGCUUGGACAAGGUUGACGAGGAGAAGAGGAAGGAUAUGGAGAGUAGGUGGUUCUGGGCGUUUGGAAGUGGCGGGAGGAUGUGUGUUGGAAGUCACUUGGCUGUCUAUCAGAUGAAGUAUAUUAUCGCCGCGUUAUACUCCAACUACACAACCACCGUCGUUGACGACACCGGAAUCGAGCAAAUAGACUCCUAUACGGCACCUCCUAAGAGCAACAAGCUCAUGGUCAGAUUGGAAAGGCUAGAAACACGAGGCAUGUGAAUACCGGGUAAUCUCCACACCUCUUUCCUGUGUCGCUCCACGCUAUCUGUGAGAGUAAAGCACCAACAGCUGGAUGCGCGUGGGUCCAGCCAGUGAGCUUCGAGUUUGGGUAAUCUGGAGAGGAGGGGUAGCGGUUCGGGAACGGCCGGUGUCGGAUGGGGUAGGCUAUGUAGCACAAGUGUGCGUCUCCGAGGUCUAUCCUGAUGCUGAACCAUGGUCGUAGCAAUUAGCUAGCGACGGUGCGGCAGAAUGACACGGGA